GCGAAGGAGCAUCAGAUUUGGCGCGAAAUAAAAUGGUAGGGAGUUGAAGUUCAGAUGUUUGAUCGAGAUCAUUUGAAAUUACAAAACCAUGGCGAUGUUGAAAGACUUCAGAUAUUCCCAUGCCGAUGGCCUAACGUUUGCUAGCUAUAAUUCAACUGGGGAGUAUAUGCUAACAUCUGGUAUUGAUGGUGAUGUCCGAGUGUAUAAGAGUAUUGAUGAUGAUGAUGCUGUUUCCUUUCGAGUCGGAAAUUGUGUUACUGCCAUUGCUGUUAAGGGCUCUGAGAUAGCAGUAGCUACUGAGACCAAUGAUGUAAGAACAUUUUUGUUCCCAGAGGGGACACAGCAGGACAUUCUGUUACGAUUUACUGCUCAAGUUAAUUCAAUAAGUUAUUCUCAUCAUCAGAAUUGUCUUGUGGCUGGAGCAAGCGACUUUGCCGUCAAAGUUAUCAACCAGGAAGAUGGUUCACACAAACAAAUGUCUGGUCAUGAAGGUCCUAUUCUUUGUGUGGUAUUUAGUCCCAAUGACAAGUUGUUGGCAUCAUCAAGUUGUGAUGGGGCAUUGAAGAUAUGGAAUGUAGAUACCCAGGAGUGCUUGAAAACACUGAACAUCUUGCCCAAAUGCAAUGAUAUAAGUUCCUCAAAGAUUUUAUGCAAAAUAGCUUGGUGCAAUAGUGAUCCACAGGUUAUUGCAGUGCCCAGUGGAAAAGGAGUCAAGCUAAUUUCUGCUGAAGAUUGGAGAGAGCUAUGUUUCAUGGAAGGCAGUCAUACAGAAGUAGUCUCAAUUGUCAGUUGCUCACCCUGUGGUCCAACUCUCGCAAGUUCAAGUGUGAAUGGAGAAAUGGUCAUCUGGGAUUUGUCCAAACGGAAGGAGCUCCAGUUGCUGAAGCACGAAAACGGCCACAAAAUCAGCUCCAUCGAUUGGCAUCCGAAAAAAUGCAACGAGCUGCUUAUUGCUGAUUUUGAAGGCCAAUUUGGUAUUUGUAAAGAUGCAGUACCUGCUGACAUCCAGAAUCAAGAGUUUCGUAAUGAAGAUCUGUCUGAAGACUGGGAUAUUGAGGGUAGGAAAUCUGAGAAACGAAGACGAAGAGUUGAUGAUAGUGAUGAAGACGACGAAGAGCCUGUCGGGUCUGUGCACAAGAAGCACCGAAUCACAAACAUUGAAAAUUUCUUAGAUGACGAAGCAGACGAUGAUGAUGAUGAUCCAGAAGUUUCAAUUAAUCUUAUCAAAGAGGGUUUGCUACCCGCAGAACCCCAACAUUUUCUGGAUGAUGCCGACGAAGCCUCUUUGCGAGAUUUCAUAGUCGAUGAAAAGCCAAAAAAAUCUCUUGCACCUCAAACGCCGUUGCAGAAAGCUUUUCAACCAGGAUCAACCCCCGUGCAUCUGCUGCAUCGCUACAUGGUUUGGAACUCUGUUGGCAUUAUUCGUUCACACUCUGAGGACGAUAUCUCAACAAUAGACAUCGAGUUUCACGACGCCAAUCUUCACCAUCCGUUGCAUAUUACAAACGUGAUGAACCAUUCCAUGGCUGCCUUGUCCACGACGGCGGCAGUUUUAGCAUGCGACUCACAAGAUGAUGUGCACAGUAAAUUUGUUUGCCUUCAUUUUGGAACCUGGGAUUCCACAAAGGAAUGGAGUAUGACAAUGCCAAAAGGAGAAGAAAUCAAGAGUGUUGCGGUGAAUAGCAAGUUCAUUGCAGUUGCAACAGAUGCAAGGCUUGUGCGUUUGUUUACAGUGGGUGGUCUGCAGUACCACAUUUUCAGUAUCCCUGGACCAGUUGUCGCAAUGUCAUUUUCUGAGACUCAAAUGAUGAUUGUCUAUCACCAAGGAACAGGACUUCCUUCUUGCCAAUGUUUGGGCAUGCAGCUUCUAGAAAUCGGGAAAACUAGUUGGAAGCUAUCUGUGGAGCAACAGCUGCCGAUCAGCAAGAAAUCGAAUCUCAUCUGGAUUGGAUUUUCAUCUGAAGAAACCCCAUUCACUGUUGAUUCACGUGGCAUUGUUAGAAUGUUCCAGAGAACGUUUGGAUGCACAUGGGCUCCUGUUAUCAAUUUGAAGAGUCAGACAAAAGCUAAAUCGGAUAAUUACUGGAUUAUUGAAGUAACUGAAAAUCCGGCCGAAUCAAGGGCAAUAUUUUGCAAAGAUUCGACCUUCCCCCUGAUGCUCCCUAGACCUGUACCAUGCUCGGUUCCAUUUAAAAUACCAGUCUGCGAUAAAGACACAGAGAAGGGACAACUCGAACAAAGUUUGUUAUGUAGCAAAGUUAUGAGUCAACAUCACCAUUACUACCGACGAAAGCGAAUGCAAGUAGACGAAGAUGCCAUUUCAGAUGCCAAAACCGAGGAGAUAAAACUUUUGAUGAAACUGUUUGCGCUCUCUUGCAAAUCUGAUCGGAUAUUCCGAGCUGUCGAGAUUUGUGAACUUAUGCCAAAUGCUGACACCGUGAGUCUAGCCAUUCAGUAUGCAACAGCAAUGAAACGAAUGAAUUUAGCCGAAAGACUCGGUGAUUUAGCUCGAAGAAAAGCACAAGAGGAAGAUGAAAGAAGUGGAAAUGAAGAGGAGGAAGAUGACGAAGAAGAAGAAAUGGCAGAUUAUCAAACUUCCAGCUAUUCCAAGGAAGAAUCUCAUUUUCCAUCAAUUAAACCUUUUGCUAAUAGAAAUUCAAAAACACUUACGUACAACAAAAAGCGCAGCAUAGGUAGACCGCAAAUAAAGUCGAGAUUGCGCAAAGAGUCAUCUGGCGACUCGCUGGAUGGUUUCGAUGACGAAAAUGGCAAAAUGGAGACAGAUAAUAAAGAUGAGGACGACAUUGACAAUGAUAUCGCAUUGAUGGAUGCGGCAGAAGAAGCGGAAGAUUAUCAAGAAAAUGACGCAGAUGCGCCAACGCAGCCUGCCAAAGCCAACAGCUACUUGCUCAAUGAUGGGCGGAGCAACCCUUUUAAACUAACCCCAAACACGAAGGCGAAAGCGCUGAGCUCGAGUAAGGGAACCUCAUAUUUUGAAAGCCUCACCAGCACCUUACCGCCAAAAAACAAACCAGUUCAUUCAGAAACAAAUAAAGGAUCAAUGAAUGGACAAUCAAAGACCGACAGAAAGAAAGGUGAUUCUCGACAAGCCACUCUUUUUCAAAAAACAGGGACUAAAAGUGCGAAAGCAAAAGAAGAAGGAACAAAGCCAGCGAAAAACAAGACGAAAACUGGGUUUUUGUUGUUUAGAGAACACGUCUCGACCGAAUGGGACGGUAUGGAUGCCGAAGAAAUUAUAAAGAAAGCACUUGCUGAAUGGAAACAAUUGUCCGGCGAAGAAAAACAGACAUGGAAUGCAAAGGCAAAAAACCAAAAUGGACUGGACGAUCGAAGUAAAGAGAAAACAGAGAAAAGCUUUGAGGUUGUAAAAAGCUCUACUAAAGUUUGCAGCCAGGAAAAGGAAAAAAUCGACAUUAGUACAAAGAACAGCAAGUCGAAACUGGCCGCAUUUGCGUUUCAGAAAGCAUAACAUUUCUUUAACAGCAGGCCAAAUACGGCGCAUUGUCCGACUCAUAACGAUUAUCCUUCGCCAAGGCCAAGAAUUUUUUUUAACGACGGAAUACGUCAUUUCGUCUGUCUGGGGAUGGUUCAUCAGUGUAAUGUUUUGUUUAAUGUCAGAAAGACGUUGGUUUCUUUCCCUCCAGUCUUGAUGUGGGCAGCAAUAACAUAGAUGGGGACUGUGAAAUGCCCAUCUCAACGUGGAAUUGUCAAUAUAUUUUUCACAGAAUUAAGUUGAUUAUUAAAUUAAUUCCAAGCAAAACCCAAAGUUGUAAUUUUUCAGUUACAAAUGCAGUCACUUGUGGUAAAUGUGAUAGUCAAUAUUGGAAUUUUUUGUAAAAUCCAUUUUUCCUGUUUUUAUUUUCUGUUACCGAAAUAAAGUGGUUUCUGCAAGCUUAACCGUUGUUGCAGGCCUGCGUCAUAUGCUGCUGCGCUUGUAACUAGCCCCUUUCAAACCUUUUUCGUUUGUCUCAAUCAAACAAGUAUUGUAGUACAGGACAAUGAGUAGCGUAACCAUGCUUUUUACGUCACCACUCCUCAUUGCAUGAAUGUUAAAAUUCAUUUUUAACCCGUUAUCAAAACUCCGUUCUGUAGCUUGCUAUACCUCAGUCAGUUUGCAAUCAAAUCAAUUCAACUGAUUCCUCACCUUUAGAGGUAUUUUGUCGUAUUCUCUCAGGUAAUGUGAACAAAGUAAAAAAAAUCUAAAAUUGUACUUUUAUGACGCCACACUUUGGAUCUGUGACUAAAAUAUACCAACAAAAAAUACUUGUUUUUCAAUUUAUAGGAACAACAAUAGUAACAAACGUGAAACCAGUGUAAAGUCAAUGUAAAACUGUCUUUAUGAAGAAUUUGACAGCUGUUUGGAAAGGAGUUCUUCGCAAUGCUUACAAAUAUCUUUAGACUAAGAAUCCAACAUUAUAGAAAACCCAGUUGAAGGGUGCAAGCAAGUCAUUUCAAUUUAUAGACACGGAAAUCGAAAUACGGUACCAUUAACAACAACAAGGAUUGAGUAAUGAUAUAAUUAUCAAAAUAGAUAGUAUUCAUUUCAAAAUAGAUUCAUAUUAGGCACAGAAAAUGCACAUAUGACAAUAAUUCAUUUAAUCACAAGCAUUCAUUCAGUAUACGAAAUUAACAGUUAUAAAUACAAAGCUGGUGAAGAAAUCUCAACAUCCACUUCACCCAAGAUGUCCCCACGUGUAAAGAUACAAAUACAGUGUGAUGAUGUAGCCAAUUGAAAAACAGCUUAUCAGUGGCUAUGUACGUCUGACGCUACUACAUAAAAUUAAAGUUUUGGGAAGGCUACUUCCGCCUUUUUGCUCAAAGUGUCCUCUGCUCUCCAUAAGCUUGUCACUGUCUUCAAUUGUGUGAAAAAGUUAAUACCCUAGAACAAAUAAGUUAAACAUAACAUCUCAAUUUUGAUUAGAGUCUCUGUUUCUUAAAGAACAUGAUCAGCAUUACUAUUAAUAAAAUAUUACAAAUAUAGUACAGUUCGUCUUUUUGACCGAGUCCAGAAUUCGUUCCGCUUUUACUAUGCUUGCACUUUGGUUCGACAAGAUCGAUUGCACACUCUUAACAAGAGCGGUUCAGACAAGGUUGAUCGAUUAAAAAAAAACUUUCUUAAAAGCAGAGUAAAACAAAGGCAAAAAUGCUUUAUCACUGGAUAUCGAACAUUGUAGCAACGUGAUUAGACAGAGCAGCGUCUCUAACUGCAUUUAAAUUGGAGAUGCAUCAAUCAAAGUGUCCUAAGAAACGUCACAGAAUCUUGUGUUACAUAAAUCGAAUAUGGAAACUUACAGCUUUGCCGUAAAAAUUCAUAUCACCACGGAAAGAACCACGCGAUCCAGUGAACGAGAACAUUGGAAGCGGAACAGGAAUUGGUACAUUAAUUCCAAUCUGUUAUGAAGAAUGAAUCAACUUUAAUUGGCAAUUAUGAAAACGAUAACUGUUGGUGGAAAUCAAGUAAAUAUGCAGCUUCUCUAUGUCAUUAAAGAAAGUGAGACCAGAUAACAGAUAUCAAGUCAGUUCUCCGGCAUGCUAAAACAGUUUCUACUAGAUUUACAAAACAAUGCAUCAAUAACCUAUAUGGCAAGAAGAAAAUAUGUUGCCACAGUGCCAGUUACGGUCUUUCAUACAAUACAUCGUUGGCUUCGAGGAACAUAAACACUGCUAUUCAAUUCUGCAAGUCAUCAUUACAUAGGUAUUCUUAAGAAUUCAUAUUUUGCCAAUGAUAAGUCCAUUUUCAUAUUCUUAACAUAGUUUGCAACUCGUUCAAAACACGAACCUCUCAAUUACUUCUAUGCUGAUAAAAGUCAUCAUUAUUUCAUGCACCUUGGCUUUGUUUGUGAUUUUUUCUUAUGAAUUCGAAGUCUUGAAGUCCCAGAAACUUUAAAGUUUGAAAGCGUCAAAAUGAACCUUUUGAUUACAAUAAAUGAUGAACAUUUCGAUCAAAUACGAUCCUUCAUUUGCGAAAAGCAAUGACAGCCCUUACACUGCAAACAUUUUUGGCCAUAUGACUCGGCAACCUUAAAACAGGAAAGUGUGAAUUUGCUUCUGACCUCAUCCUAAAGACCUCGUGCUUGGUCUUAGCUGAUUAGUGCUUCCUAACAUAAAAUUGUUUUUUAAGCCCAUUAAAUGCAACUUUGACUUGCAAAGAAUAUUUCAAGAGAAACUUACAAAAAACCUGUUUGAUUGACCAUUGAUAGAGAAACAAAUGAUAAUGUUUUAGAAGAACCUUAAUCGAAAAAUUCCUAUUAACAUGUUGCUUUUGGUAGAUUGGCAGUUAUAGUAACAAUGACUGAAAAUGCACUUGCCUGUCCUACAUCGACACUGUCGCGGUAUUUUCGAGCAACGGCACCAGAGGCAGUGAAUAUUGCAGUUCCAUUCCCAUAGGGGUUCGAAUUAACAACUUCGAUUGCUUCAUCUAGAGUAUCAGUGUCCAAAAUGACCAAAACAGGGCCAAAGAUUUCUUCUGUGUAACACUUCAUGUUUGGCUGUAUUUAGAUGAAAAUCAAAUUCAUUACAAUAGGAAAAAUUUGUUCAUAUUAAACAUACAUAGAUAGUAAAUGUUUGGGUAGAAAGCCAUAAUUUAGGCAUUCCACAAUAAAGCAACACUUUUGUGUUUUAUGCAAAGCAUUUUUAUGCGUUUUUGAUUGCAAUAAAGUAACAUGCCCUGUUUGGAGAAUCGUCCUCAGGAGAAUAUAACAUAAGACACCAAGCAGAUCAUUUUAAUAAUACGCGUGCAGUUUUUUAUUAUACCAUCAGGGUUGUUAUCACGAAUGACAUUUUUCAAACCUUGACACCGCUAAGAAUUGUGGGUCCAACAAAGUUGCCCUUUUCGUAGCCAGGAACAGAGAUGCCACGACCAUCCAAAUCGAUCUGAAAAGAUGCAUUUCAAAAUUAACAUACAAAGCAAAUUAUUUUUAAAUCAAUCACAGUAAAAGGUUCUGCUCCGCUGAUAAAAAUAUAAAUUUGGACUCACCUUUGCCCCUUCAUCUAUGCCACUCUGGACAAGAUCGAGAACCCUUUGCUUAGCUGCAGGUGAUAUAAGUGGACCCAGAUCUGCCCCCGGUUGGUCACCUGUUGACGGAGCAGAUUGAAACGAUACAAGAUUCAGCAUUAAUUCAAAUUUACAAAAAUCACAAAAUAAUGCAGAAACUACUAAAAAAUACAGAUUAGUACAUGCCUUUAGCCAUUUCGAGUUCUUUAGACUAAGCUCUUACCUGCAUUGACUUUCAACUUUCUUGCUCUUUCAACAAGUUCAGGAAUCCAUUCUUUUGCUUCACCAACAAAAACAGCCGUGGAAAGAGCCAUGCACCUUUGUCCUGCAGCGCCAAAGGCAGCCCCAACCAACUACAAGAUGAAUGGAUAUCUUCUCAUGGAGGCACUUUUCACAGAACUCUAUAAAUAUCUACCGUAGCGUAUACAGAAAAAAGAAAUCUGAUUCCGGAAAAUAGCUAGAACAGCCCAACCGUAAUUGAGCAAAUAUUACUAAUUGUAUCCAAUAAUUUGGCAAAAGUAAAGCUAGCUAUUUUUUAUUCGAUCUAUGCGGUAGGUUAGGGAAAACAUUUCCUGAAGCUGUGGUAAACAGCCUCGAUUUCCACCCGAAUAAAUAUAAUUUCAAGUAAAAUACAGAAUAGAACGGCUCUAGAACAUCAAUGACGCUGAAAAAGUGAACAGUAGGAAGCCUAUUGUCUAUCGAUGGGUGUAAACCACGUAAAAAAGCACAGCAAAUAUUCGUAUAAGUAUGGGGAUGACUAGAGAACUAGAGUUCAAUAACUUGGACAUGACUGGAUAACUAGACUUUCAAUAAUGGUCUGUACAAGAUGUCCAGUUUUAUUUUGUUGUUUUUGCUGA